ACCCCUCGUUUACCAGUCUCUCGACUCUCCUCUCUUCCUCAACUCUCCUUUUCCCGUUCCUUGAGCGAAAGAUACCUACAUUUUAAAAGAAUGCAGCUUCACGUAUCGGUUGCCGCUGCGGCCCUUGCCAUUUUCUCCCUUGUCGAUGCUGCCCAACUUUCUUGGACAGAUGCCUACACCAAGGCCAAGAAGGACGUUGCCUCUUUGUCAUUGGCACAAAAAGUCGAUGUCGCCACUGGUAUUGGAUGGAUGAACGGUCCCUGUGUCGGUAACACUCCUCCCGUCGACAAGAUUGACUUCCCUGGUCUCUGUCUUCAGGAUUCUCCUCUUGGUGUUCGUUUUGCCUUUAAUGUGUCUGGUGGUAUCGCUGGUUUGAACACUGCCUCCACUUUUGACAAGACCCUCGCUUUGCAACGAGGUCACGAUAUGGGCGUUGAGUUCAGAGAAAAGGGUGUCAACGUUCAGUUGGGCCCUGACGUGAACAUGGCUCGAGUUCCUGAAGCUGGUCGUAACUGGGAAGGUUUUGGUGAAGACCCUUAUCUUACCGGUGUUAUGGGUGCCUUGACGGUUGAAGGUAUUCAAGCUGAAGGUGUGAUUGCCACAGCCAAGCAUUAUAUUCUUAAUGAACAAGAGCAACAACGUACUACUUCUAGCUCCAACAUUGAUGAUCGUUCCCUCCACGAAGUUUAUGUCUGGCCCUUCGCUCGUGCCGUCGAAGCUGGUGUCGCUUCCAUCAUGUGCUCCUACAACAAGGUCAAUGGUGUGUAUGCCUGUGAGAACGACGACACCCUUAACCGCAUCCUUAAGGAGGAACUUGGAUUCAAGGGAUUCGUACAGAGUGACUGGCAAGCUACCAUGUCUGGUGUCCCCUCUGCCCUGGCUGGUCUUGACAUGACCAUGCCUGGUGAUAUCACUUUUGGCAGUGGUAACUCUUACUUUGGAGGCAACUUGACAGCUGCCGUUCGCAAUGGCUCUGUUCCUCUCUCUCGUGUUAACGAUAUGGCCACUCGCAUUCUUGCUUCUUGGUACAAGCUUGGUCAAGAGACUCACUACCCAUCGGUUGGUGUCAACUUCGUCAACUACACUGACGCUCCUAUCCGUAAUGUCCAACACAACCAUAAGAAGACCAUUCGUUCCAUUGGUGCUGCUUCCGUCGUUCUUCUUAAGAAUAAUGGAAAUGCCUUGCCUCUUAAGACCCCCAAGUCCAUUGGUAUCAUUGGUAGCGAUGGUGGCCCAUCCCCUGGCAGCUAUAGCGAAACUGCUUGCGCUGAUCACGGAUGUGACGCAGGUACUCUUGCUGAAGGUUGGGGUUCAGGUACUGCUUGGUUCCCUUACCUUGUUGACCCUUAUAAGGGUAUCAAGGCUCGUGCCUCCAGAACUACCAAGUUCAAGACCAGUUUUGAUGACUAUGAUCUCGAGGAAGCUGUUGCCGUUGCCAAGGCUGUUGAAACUCCCAUCGUUUUUGCUAAUGCCGAUUCCGGUGAAGGCUACAUCACUGUUGGUAACAACCCUGGUGACCGCAGCAACCUCACUCUCUGGCACGGAGGUGAUGCCCUCAUUGAAGCUGUUGCUGAUGCCAACCCCAACACCAUUGUCGUCCUUCACACCGUUGGCCCCGUCUUGAUGCCCUGGUUGAGCAAGGUCAAGGCUGUUAUCAAUGCUGGUCUUCCCGGUCAAGAAUCUGGUAACUCUCUCGCUGAUGUCCUCUUCGGUGAUGUUAACCCAUCUGGUCGUCUUCCUUACACCAAUGCCAAGAAGGCUUCUGACUACCCUGCCCAUGCCGUUGAUGCUGCUGAAAUCGAUUAUACUGAAGGUCUUCUCAUUGGUCACCGCUGGUUCGACGCCAAGAACAUCGAGCCUUUGUUCCCCUUCGGUUUCGGAUUGUCGUACACCAAGUUUGGUUACAAUGCCUUGAAGGUCAAGGCAGCUGGAUCCAAGGUCUCUAUCACUGCCACCAUCAAGAACACCGGUAAGGUCGACGGUGCUGAAAUUCCUCAGUUGUACAUUGGUUUCCCCAAGUCUGCUGGCGAACCCCCCAAGGUCCUCCGUGGUUUCGAAAAGGUCUUCCUCAAGGCUGGUCACUCCACUAAGGUCACCUUCGAUCUUGACACUGCCAAGGAGCUCAGCAUCUGGAACAGUGAUGCCAGAAAGUGGGAGGUCGUCAAGGGUAGCUUCACCGUUUACGUUGGUGCUUCCAGCCGCGACAUUAGACUCCAAGGCACCUUUAAAUUGUAAUAAGAAUAUAGUGCAUUACCUUUUUCAGAUGAUGUAUUAUUUACUGUAACUUUCCAUCGACGUUUAAAGAGUAAUCUGGUAUUCCCUCUAGCCCAUGUGCUAAUAAACUAUAACGUAUGAAGUGACUUGUUGUCUGAAUAGUGAUUAAUUAGUGAUACAACGGAAGAGGGCAAAGGAAUUAGUGGUUGGCAUCGUUGCCAUAGCAUGUGAAGGAGGUAUGUAGGAUCUUAGAGGACGACAAUAGGGUGUUUAGGAGUGCAUAAACUACGGCGGUGAG